AUGUACACACUCCGACACACACUCUCCCUCUAACACACACACACUCUCACACAUACACACAGAGCCAUCUUGGAUCUAAGUGUGGAAAGAGAAAUUAAUGCGGUGACAAAGAGCAUGUUUAGUGCCACGAGAAAGAAGUUUAUGGAGGGGCUCGAUAAUGACUACGCGGACGACAGCAUGUACUACAGCCAGCCGUCGAUUUUCACACAUCAACCCGAGAAAAACAUGCUGUUGUCAUCGUCUUCGUCAUCGGGGCAGCUGUCACAGCUGGGUGCAAGCUUAUACGGCUCGCAAAAUACUCUAGGCUUCUCAUUGCGGGGGAUGAGCAACAACAACCCACAACUCAAUCGCAAUUUAGCACAAAGCACGCAGCUACCACCUAGUCACGGCACGUCCUCCACCGGGGGCCCGACACUGUCCCUCCAUACUCCAACCUCGCCGAGUAGGGGGAUUUUGCCGAUGAACUCGAGAAACCUGAUGAACCAUUCGCAGAUAGGGCAGGGCAUAUCGCUGAGCGGACGGAGUAACAGCAUGAGCAACAGCUCGGGCCUAGGUAGCCCAAACCGCGGCUCGCCCAGCAGCAUCAUCUGCAUGCCCAAACAGCAGCCGGCACGGCAGCCGCUCACCAUCAACAGUAUGUCAGGGUUUGGAAUGGGCCGAAAUCCUGCGUUUGGUUUAAGCAAUUCGUUCUCGAGUAGCAUCUUUAACGGAACCGACGGGAGUGAAAACAUGACUGGGCUGGACCUGUCCGAUUUCCCCGCCUUAGCCGAUAGAAGUCGAAGGGAAGGAAAUGCCAAUCCGACGCCACUGCUCAACCCGCUGGCUGGGAGAGCUCCGUACGUUGGAAUGGUCACAAAGCCGACACAUGAGCAGUCCCAAGAUUUCUCCAUCCACAACGAGGACUUUCCUGCACUUCCUGGAGCCAACUUUAAGGAUCCAACAUGUACUGAUGAUAGCAAAACGAACUUGAACCUGUCUGGUAAGAACAUGUCCGCAGACGGUCCUAAGUUCCCUGGAGAAAAGAGCUUAACGCAACAGAACAACAAUCAUCAGAAGAAAGGAGUUCAGGUCCUUCCUGAUGGCCGAGUUACGAACAUUCCACCUGGCAUGGUGACUGACCAGUUCGGGAUGAUUGGCUUGUUGACGUUUAUUCGGGCAGCAGAGACAGACCCGGGCAUGGUGCACUUAGCGCUGGGGAGCGACCUGACGACGCUCGGCCUCAACCUGAACUCACCAGAAAACCUUUAUCCCAAGUUUGCCUCUCCGUGGGCUUCCACACCAUGUCGGCCUCAAGAUAUCGACUUCCACGUUCCCUCAGAGUACUUAACCAACGUUCACAUAAGAGACAAGCUUGCUGCAAUAAAACUUUCACGGUACGGAGACGACCUGCUCUUCUACCUUUACUACAUGUAUGGCGGAGACCUGCUGCAACUCUUAGCGGCGGUAGAGCUUUUCAAUCGGGACUGGAGGUACCAUAAAGAGGAGAGGGUGUGGAUCACACGGGCUCCAGGGAUGGAGCCUACGAUGAAGACCAACACCUACGAAAGGGGGACGUAUUACUUCUUUGACUGUCACAACUGGAGAAAAGUAGCCAAGGAAUUUCACCUAGAGUAUGACAAACUGGAAGAGCGGCCACACGUCCCGUCAACGUUCAACUACAACCCGGCCCAGCAGGCUUUCUGAAGGAGACCUGAGAGAGGGGUGGGAGGGGUGGAUGGGAGGGGGGUGUCGGGUACAGGUUGGGGUGAAAUGUAAUUGUGGGGGGUUGGAGUAAGGCUUGACUUGGCACAACACUCACUGAAAAUACAGGUGCUAGCUGUGGCUCUGGCAUCCUUAUCUUUUUAUUUUUAUUUUUCAUUUUUUAUUUAAAAUUUUAUUCUGCUGCAAUCUCAAAAAAAAAAAAAAAAAAAAAACCUCAGGAGCUCUGUUGUUCAGAUUUGGGUUCCUACCUCCCCAACAAUGUGCUGCACAACAUAUUUGUCCUCGUCCCUUAUAUUGUUUUCAAUUCCUGUCCUUUGACAAAAUACACAUAGACCUGCACAAAAACAAUCAAACUGAAUGGAAAAAAAAAAAACGCUGUAAAGCCUAGAAGAGAUUGCUAAGUUUAUGGUUUAAAAUGAAAAAAAAAAAAUUCAGUUUACGUGCAUAUUUUAUUAUUCAGACCUUUUCCUUUGGAAAAAUUAAGGAAAUUUUAAUGUCUAUAGUUUGUAUUGAAUGACUCAGUAGGACUACUGCCUUUCAUGUUCCUCGCCCCGUUAUUACAUGUGAAAAUACUUCCAACGCUGCAACACUGUCUCAGAUUCAGGCUUUUCAGAUUGGUCAAGAAUCGUCCUUAUGUAUGAACAAUGGAAAACACUGUUCAGGCUUUGUUACGAUUUUGUAAUAAGAGUGUAUUUUUUUCUUUUUUGGAAAUCAUGUGAAGAAGCAUAAGUAUGUGCAUAUCAGAAGUAAAACAACAACAACAAGCUGUCCUGUUGUACCUCAUUUUUAAGAGGUCAGCAUGGAUAUAAUAUAUGAUGGGGGGGAAAAAAAACAAAAACAAAAAAACCUGGAUGUUGCUGGAGCUGCUAGGCUGGGGGACCAUACGCUGGCAUCUUGUACACCACUGAUGAUGAGGCGAAAAGGAAGCGAUGGACUUUGAGUGAACCAAGGACAUUCAUAGCCUUGUGACUGAAGGGAGGAGAACCGAUUACAGGACACCUGUGGCACUUCACCAGCUGUUUUCAACAAAAGGAAACUCAAUAAUAUUAAUAAAAGUUAUGGUUACA